AUGGUACUGCGCAGCAUGCAGCAACAGCAAGAUUCCAAGGAGGGCCAAAUGCAGCAAACCAGUGUUGCGCUGCUUCCAAUUCCCAUGACUGACGAACUUGAACAAGUGGUGGCAACUCUAAGCAGCAGCCGCACCCGCAGCAGAGACUUGUGGGACAGCAUCUCCAAGCUUCAGCUACACCUAGAGGGAGAUGCUGGCGCUGAUUGCUGGGGACCCCUCCCCGAGGGUUGCGUCAAUCCUGAACCCUUCCAGAAGCCACGAGCCGCCGCAGCAGCAUCGGCCGUUGCUACGGCUGCAGCUGUAGCGGCUAGAGCAGCUGCAAGGGCUAUACAGAAGCAAAUCAGUCGAGUGCUUCCCCCACGGCGGAGCAAGCAGCAACAGGAACGGCUCAUCCAACAGCCUCAGGCUCCCUGCUACUUUGUGUCGCAGGACAUAGACGAUAAGGACCUCCUGAACAGGUUUGGACUUUUGAUCUCCCCCAAGUCCACCGCCCGCCUUCUGUCAAUAUUUUCUCUCGCACGCCGAGUCGAUGCUGCUCAUGCGUUCAUAGAAGAACGCAAUGAGGCGGGUAUGAUUCUUCUGCGGCAGGCAGCUGCAGGUAUUGAGGCCUUAGAGUUGUCGAUGCAGCGCAGCAUGGCAUUUGUAGAGCUUCUGCGGCCCCUCGCGCGUCAGCAGCGGCAGUUGGAGCAGGCUAAGAGGGACUGUAUGGUGUUUCUGUCUGUGUUCCUGCCCACUCUGCUCAGGGGAACAAUGCUCUGGAUGUCCGCUGCAGUAUAG